AUGCCCCUUAAAUCUGAUGUGUUGAGUCAAGAUGAACUUCGCAAAAAGCUGUACCAGACGUUUACAGAUCGAGGUAUACUGGACACACUCAAGACGCAAGUCAGAAACCAGCUGAUUCAUGAACUAAUGCACCCUGUGCUGAAUGGCAAGGUGCAGUCCCCAUCCACUUCAGUGGAAGAGAGCUGCCUCUUAAUAGAAGCCUCCAACUUUCUAGUAGCCAGUCACUUACAGAGAUGUGGCUAUGAGUAUUCGCUUUCUGUCUUCCUUCCUGAAAGUGGUUUGGCAAAAGAAAAGGUAUUUACUAUGCAGAAUCUAUUACAUCUUUUUAAAAUCAGUCCUGAAUCCAGUCUCUACAAGUCACUGAUUUCAGCAUUUGAUAAAGAAAACCAAAAAGGUUUUCUCAUUAUGUUUCUGAAAGAAUUGGCAGAAUUUCAUCAAAAUAAAGAGAGUUGCAAUAUGGAAACUCAGACAAGUUCAACAUUUCCCAUCGAAGACUCUCUUGUGGAGAAGCUUCAGCUUAUUGACAAUGAGUUUGCUGGUGCUUGCCCUCAACAUCCAAAGUUAGAAUCCUUAGAAAUCAAGUUGAAUGAAUGUAAGAGGAAAAUAGAACAGCAGCUACGGGCAGAAAUGAAUCAGGAGUUGAAGUACUUUAAAGAUAAUGAAAUAAAGAAAAUUAAAACAGAAGAGAAAAGUAAGUGUGAGAAGGAAUUAGCUGAGUUCCGGAAUGAAUUGGAAAGAGCUUAUCGAGCAAAAUCUGAGACCCUUUUAUCUCGUGAAAAGAUGACCCUUGAGAGAAUUCAAAAGCACCAGGAGAAUGAAACAAAAGAAAUCUAUGCCCAAAGGCAGCUUCUACUAAAAGACAUAGAUUUGCUGAGAGGCAGAGAAGCUGAGCUGAAGCAAAGAAUUGAAGCCUUUGAAUUGGCCCAGAAGCUACCAGAAAAAAACAAAUGCCUGACUGAUGGACUGACGAGGCAAGAGAUGAAUAUAAAGAGCCUUGAGGAGACCUAUGACCGGAAGCUGAAGAACAAACUUCUUAAGUAUCAGCUUGAACUGAAGGAGGACUACAUCACUAGAACUAACAGACUGAUGGAAGGUGAAAGGAAGAAUAAAGAAGAAGCUAUACAUUUGCAAGAGGAACUUGCAGCUCUUAAUUGUAAAAAGGAAGAACUCAAUCAUUCUGUAAACUGUGUAAAAGAACUUGAGCUUGAGAUGGAGUCUGUUAGAGCUCACUGUUUGGCAGUAACAAAGCAAAACCACAUGCUAAGUGAGAAGGUUAAAGAGAUGAGCAACUAUUCACUACUGAAAGAAGGAAUACUGGAGCUUCAGGCGCAAAAUAAACUACUUAAACAACAAGUGGAAGACAUGAAAAGUGAAAACUUGCAUCUCCUAAACCGCCUAGCUCAGCCAUCUCCAGAGCUACUAAUUUUUCAGAAAGAAUUAAAGAAAGCAACACAAGCUAUUGCAUCUGAGCAUAAGGAGUUCGAAACCCACAAACAAGCUCUGCAAAAACAGCUUCAAAACGAAAUUGAGCACUCCACCCAGCUGAAGGCCCAGAUAUUAGAAUAUGAUGCUUCUUUCAAGAGGUUGACUGUGCAGGUUACCGAUUUAAAAUCACAACUGAAACAAACUCAAAUAGCACUAGAGAAUGAAGUAUGCUACAACCCGAAGCACUCUCUUCAAAAUUGCUCCAUCAGCACAUUACUGAGCACCAGGGCUCAUGAGAGUAACAUCAACGGAGAUUUCUUGAAAAACCCUCUGGAAAAAGAGGAGGCAACAGCAGGUCCAGUUACAUCACAGAUCCCCAGUUACCCAAAUGCCAGCAGAGAGGUCAGUUCCCCUGAUUCUGACCUUGAGUUUGUAGCCAGUGCCAAGGAUAGGGUGAGAAAGCUGGAGCAGGAGGCAGAGAACCUGGAAAAAGCUUUCCAGAACUACCAUCAAAGGGUCUGUUGGUGCCCUGCCAAGAGCCUGUUGGCAGUCAGAAGCCCACCUACCCUGUACCUGCCAGGGACUCUCAAGAACAUCACUGCAGCUGCUCCCGAGAGGUGUGUUUUUGUGGACAACAGAGUCACCUCUCAGCAGCCUCCGGUAAGCACAUGUGAAGGGGACAAAAGUGUGGUGUCCGAGGUGCCCAGCAGUAUUGCCUCAAGGUCAUGCAAGAGUGCAGUCUCCAGAUGGCUCUCCUCCACGCCACUCCCCAGUGCAAGAAGCCAUGAUAGUGAAAUGUACCUGGAAGGUCUGAGCCGGUCCGCAGUCGCUGCUCCCUGUCCUGACAGAAAGUCACAGCCAUCACUUGCUGAGUCCAAGUGCAGCCUUUCCGUGCACUCACUCUCCAGCCCUCCAGAGCAGAAGGCCUGUCUUCAGCAGAGACAACCAGAGCUUCAAGACAAAAGUGAAUUUUCAAAUCCGCACAAGCUAACUUUUAAGGAUAAUGAGGAAUUUAAACCAUCUUUUGAAUAUGUCAUCCAGAAACCACCUGAAGAAUGGAAGAAAGAAGAUAAACUUUGGGAACAGCAGGCCAAGCAACAAAGGCAGGAAGAAGAGCAGAGGCAGACCAAACAGCAGGAAACUCUGCAGAGGGAGUGGGGAGAACCUGAAAUGCUGGAUCGGGAAAGGAGGCUAAUUGAAGUUGGAAACGAAAAAAACUUCAAAAUGAGUGUUCAGGAAAUGAAAGACAAAUCUAUGUCUGUUAGUGGUGAAAAUCCUCUAGAGAAAUACAUGAAAAUCCUACGACAGAAUCAAGACCAGGACACUACAGAUAAGGGUUCCAAAAAGGUGAUCAGAGAGAGCUCAGAAGUGGACAUACUGCCAUCUAGUGACAAAGACAAAAGUUUUGUGGGCUUUUCUCAUGAAGAACCAGAUGACAUUUGGUAA